CUCAUUAAACCAUCACAAUUUUAUUACCGCCAUUUCUAUAAUAAUGUGUAUUGUGACUUAUACAAAAACCUUAUAACACUACUAUAAAAUGAAAUCGAAAAUAACAAUAUUAAUAAUAAUACACAUACUAUUCGGAAUAAGUGUUUGUGACAGCUUAAAGUUAGAUGAUGAACUCAAUCAAAUUCUAUCUGAAAUAGAAGCAAAAAGAGGUAAUAAUAAUAAUAAUUUCUCAAAAAAUGACAAAAUAGCUCGAGUAAUAGAAGACCCUCGACAAUCUGAUAGAAACGUUAUUCACUUAAAUGGUGGAAAUUCUUUACAACCAAUACCAGAAGGAACUUUAAGCAGUAACAACAAUAAGGAACUAUUUGAGCCACCUAAAAUUACGGAUUGUACAGACGAAUGUGUUCCAUUUUAUCAGUGUAACAAUGGAAGUAUUGUAACCAGCGGAGAGAAUUUAAUUGAUAUGAGACGAAAUGACGGUCCAUGCGGUAACGUAUUCCUGACCUGUUGCAAACUCGAGCAAGUAACUUCCCAACGAUUUUUCUCGAAGGAACGAAAGGUUCCUACCCCAAAAGGAUGCGGGUACCGUCAUCCAGAUGGUAUCGGUAUUAAAAUAACCGGAGCCGAAGAAGGUGAAGCUCAGUUUGCAGAAUUUCCUUGGAUGGUUUCGAUAAUUAAAUACGGCGAAUCAGAAGGGCCAAAUCCAAGGCCAUCUUGCGGGGCAUCGUUAAUUCAUGCCAGAGCUGUUAUAACGGCUGCACAUUGCGUUUCAGAUCUAAGACAAAGAUGGAAAGUGAGAGUAGGUGAAUGGGACAUCAACAGAACCAUAGAACCAAUUCCUCACCAAGAGGUUGACGUGGAAGACAUCAUAAUUCAUAGAGACUAUUACCCAGGUGCUCUCUAUUUUGAUAUCGCCUUUCUCUACCUUAAAUCUUCGAUAGAAAUGGCUGAAAAUGCCGCACCCAUUUGUAUAUCACCCCAAAAUUACAAACAUAGACCGAACAGAUGUUUCGUGACUGGUUGGGGUAAGGACAGGUAUGGAAGAGAGGGUCGGUAUCAUAUUAUUAUGAAGAAAGUUGAUGUUCCCAUUGUUUCUAGAGUGCGAUGCCAAGCAAAUUUACGAGAAACCAGGCUAGGUAUAUUCUUCCAACUACACCCUAGUUUCAUGUGUGCAGGUGGAGAGAAAGGCAAAGAUGCUUGUAACGGGGAUGGUGGUGGUCCAUUGGUAUGUCCAAUUGAUCAUGAAGGAUCCAGAUAUUACCAGGCUGGAAUCGUUUCUUGGGGUAUUGGCUGCGGUAUUGAAAACGUUCCAGGAGUAUAUGUCGACGUUGCUACGUUCAGAAACUGGAUAGACGCUUUAAUGAGAAGAUUUAAUUUGGAUUCAGAGUCAUAUGUCGUGAGCGAUUACAUACCUCCUCUCUUUCUAAGGAAUUCCGGAAACAAGAUUAGCCCAGAUAUCACUCAAGCGCUAGCAGACACCACACACACCACCCCAUAUUCUAAACAAAAGACGCUUAAAUGUCAACCAAGCAUUAGUAAAAAAUUCCAAGCUUACAUUUUGUCAUUUGGAUCUCCCGUUCAUUAG